CCCCCCCCCCCCCCCCCCCCACGAGACGCCGUCCUUGACGUACCUUCUCGCUGUCGCUUUGUACAUCGUACCUCACCAAGAGUCUUGUCGCAAAGGACUUCUCUCGGCUUCGGUUUCGCUCGUCGACGGGACCAGCCCAGCUUUAAGUCUUUUCUCUGCCGACUCUCGCCUUACCGGUGGCCAUAUGUAACCCGUCCUCGCCCACCCCAGGAUAUCAUGGAACUACCUUCCUGCUUCUCUUCCUGCACAUACCUAUAAUAGAAUCUCUUCCCUACCACCUCCCCGAUCUCGACACCCACCUAGCUUUUAGGCAAGCUCGAGAUCCUCUUCCGGGUCUCGUCGGACUCGUCAUUACCCUCUUUGUUGGUUUGUUGAAUACCGACGUUGUGGCCUGGUAUUUCUCUAGCAGCUCUCGGUCGAGAACCGGCCUUCGAUGAACUCAAUAAGCAAGCAGCUUACCGCCGCCUGGGUCCUGGGCCUUGUGCCACUUGUUCUUGCCCACGACGCUCACCAAGACGGCGUCGCGGGAACGAACAUGGACAUGUCCCACGCCAUCAAUGAGCCCAAGCCUAAUCCCAAUAGCUAUCCGCCCACAUAUUUUGGGCUCGCAGAUCAUGCGGGCAUAAUGUACGCCCACAUUGGCGCCAUGGUGUUCGCCUGGGUCCUUGUGCUGCCAGUUGCUGUCAUGCUCUCAAUUGCACGUUCGAGGUAUACAAUCGCGCUCCAGUUCAUCUUCCUCGCCGUGAAUGCGCUUGGCGUGCUCCUAGGAACAAUCUACAACACUAAUACUCCCGAUCUCUACCCCAAUAAUGCGCACCACAAGCUAGGCUGGCUUGUGACCAUUGUUGUGUCGGCGCAGGUCCUGAUCGGCCUCCUGGGAAGAGUUGCCGGCGCAUUGAGCGGGGAGGAGCGCCAGACUUACGACGAGAACGAGUAUCAGUACUUCAUACCCGUAUCUACCGCCGCCAUGGCCGAACACCACCGCGUCAACAGCCCUCGGUUCGCCAGCGAGUGCCGCCUCUCUAACGACAGUGGCCAGGGCACCGAGCCUUGUACCGAAUCGCUCCGGAGCCAUUCCCGCUCUUCGUCUUCCAGCCAAGUGUCCCCGCGCAUUUCGGAUGAUCAACAAAAAGAGUACGUCGAGGAUGACGAUGAUCACGAGGAUAGUCUUUCCAUGCUCUCGCCGAGAAGCAGCAACGAGAAGAAGGCGAGCCCAGUCCUUGCAAAGAUCGCGGGCAAGAUUUCGUCGCGUGGGUGGAGAGGUAUGAUGUUUGUCUACAACUUUGUCGAUAGGAUCAUUCUGCCUCUUGGGUCCGUCGCUCUAUGCCUCGGCAUCGUGACGUACGGGCGUUUUUUCGAGGGCAACGGCAUCUUUAGCGGUCUGGCGCAUUGGAUCAAGGGCGGCAUCUUCUUCUGGCUUGGUUUGUUGACUCUCGGCCGAUGGACAGGUAGUUUCGGCGAAGUAGGAUGGGCGUGGAAUGUUCGGCCGAAGCGCGCCGACGGCAAAUGGCGACCCUCGGCUGAGUUUGUCGAGAGCGCCCUCAUCUUCGUCUACGGCUCGACCAACAUCUUUCUCGAGCACCUCGGGAACUGGGGGGGAGAAUAUAGCGCGCAGGACCUGGAGCACAUCUCUAUCACUGUGCUGUUCAUUGGCGGUGGAUUGGUCGGUAUGCUCAUUGAGUCGAGCCGCACCCGAGAUUUCCUAAACACAACUGUCAUCAACGCCGCUGCGAUCACACCCGAGCGAACCUACGACGAGGAAGAACGAGAGACGCUCCAGCCGCCAAAGCAGUAUGAGUUCUCCAUCAACCCCAUCCCGGCGCUAGUUAUCCUCCUCUUGGGAAUUAUGAUGAGCUCGCAUACGCAGCAUUCGAUGGUUUCGAGCAUGGUCCACAAGCAAUGGGGCAACCUCUUGACGGGUGCUUCCUUCGCGCGCGGCUUGACCUAUGUCAUCAUGUACCUGAAGCCGCCCAAGUCGGUGCUACCCUCCCGACCCCCCACCGAGCUCCUCGCUGCUUUCGGGCUAAUCUCCGGAGGCAUCAUCUUCAUGGCCAGUGCCAGCGACACCAUUGAGGGCAUGGAGCACUACAACCUGGAUGCCAUGUUCAUGUACACGGUGACCAUGGGUCUCGUGGGACUUUUGAUGGCGUGGGAGAUCAUCGUCCUGGCCAUCAAGGGCUGGGCGGUGCGCAAAGAGACGGGACGAUUAUCGUACCUGCGCGCCUGAACAAGAACGCUGGAGAGAUGACCGACUUGGUAGGCACCACGGGUAAUGAUAAUAUGAUGUGAUGUGCGUAUGUUUGUGUGUACAGAAAAGGCAUGGCAAUGGCGCAGUCAUGGAAGCUUGGGGAGCGGGCGCAUUUACCAGCGCAUAUCAAGGACGCUGUUUACCUUACCUACCCCUAGAGAUACCCUUAUGACACUGUCGAGCGACCUAUACAAGGUUGUUUUAAUGAAAUUGGAUCACCCUCAA